AGAUGCAGCUCGAAACAAAACCACUACUAAACUGUCAUUCAUUGCUUUGCUGUUUUGAUAUGCGGAUGGUGGUGGACUAGAGCGAGGACACUGACGGGCUGUUACAUCUAUACUUUUACUCCUGCGUUCGGACGACGACAUUAAAGAAGACGACGAGUGAGAGUGAAAAGUGACCACUUCUAGUUUCUCGAUGCGCCACGGAACUGCCAUAGUAGAGUGAAAAAAUUGCUGUGUGGUGACUUCAUUCUGUUCGAAAUAGGAGAUAGUAGUUUGUUCCACCGUUCCACGUAUUCUGCGUCCCGGUUUCCUGUGACCUGUGCGAACGGAAACGCAGUUUUCGAAGCAGCCCACAAUGAACGAUACUGCGGUAAUUUUACGAUAUCUCUACCUCGGUACCGAUCAACCAUUCUACAUUCAAAAUAAAAAUCGAGCUCUUGAUAUCGAAAAAGGAUGUCGUAUCCUUGCUCCCAUCCGAACCCUGGUGCAGGCAACUAGCUCCACGGAUGAUCCGGCCACUGCACGGAAGCUGGCAGACAAUGUGACACUUACGGAACCACCGGUUAAAAUGAUUGUCCGGGUAAUGAAGAGCGGUUCGCUGGUGCGAAACGAUGAGUGUUUAUUUGCUCUAGCUUAUUUGGCUCGGACCUUUACCGACGCUGAAGAGAAACAUAAGGUGUACGAAGCUGCACUGGAGGUCAUCGACGAAAGUAAGGAUUUAUUUCAGUUUGUGGAUUUCUACAAAAAACUGGCACCAAAACCGGGUGGCAAAGGAUUUGGACAUGGUAUGAGGACGGCACUAACUAAGUGGUAUGAUAAACACAGUGCGGUAGAAUUGGCGAAACUGCUCACUACUGAUCGUAGCUGGUUUGGCUGGCGUCACGAAAAUAUCCUUGUAAUGAUUCAUAUUAACUUGAAAGACGAUGCAAAAAUGCAAGUGCUGGAUUGCGCCGUCGGUGGACCUGGACGACGCAAGGCUAAGCCAAAGCAGACAACGCAAAAAAAUGGAUCGGAAGAAAAUGAUUCGGGUGUUCAACUGAACGAAAAAUUAACGAAUUCGGAUGGAAACGAUAACGUUAACGUGGAGGAAGAUAGCGAGGCCUUGAAAAUCUACCGUCGAAUGAAACAAUUUAAAUCUACUCAAACUUCUUCGAUGGCAUGUGGUCCAAUUAAACAGUAUCGAUAUCCGAUUCAGUUGGUUCCAGCACAGUUGCAUCGCUCCCCAGCAGUAUGGGAAAGUCUCCUACCCCAUAUGGCAUAUCGUGACGUUGUUCAGGCAGCUCUUGUACUACAGGAUUAUAAACUACUAAAAGAUAACGAUACCCCACUUUCAAUUGCCUACGGAAAUGUGCUAAAUCGUAUGACAUCCGUUUCCGAAUCGAAGAUACAUCCGAUCUUUAUUUAUCAGACCAUGCGUUUAUUUGAGGAACGUCAACGCUAUCUCAACGUAGUGAAGGAAGCUGUCCACACUACGAACAACUUGGCGCUCAAGAAUGCAACAGCGAAUCCGACUGUCCUGAAGCAGUUCAAUUGUGCUCUGAAUCACUCUAUGUUGAAUUACAAGCGCACUGGACUCAACUUUCUCGUUACACUUGAUUUGAGAUCGAAGCAGACAAAAAAACGCGUCUUCGGUAAUCGGUUGAUGUCCUGCCAGGCGGCAUUCGUACUGCUAACGUUGCCGAUGUUCAAACGUGAACCGCACAUGACGGUGCUUUCGUUCACCGAAGCUCCCCACGUUCUGACCCACCUUGAUUUCACCCGAGAGAUGACCUUCUUCCAGGCCUGCGACCACAUCCAAUCACUAGCGAACAAGAAGACCAAAGUCGAUAUCACUCAACCGAUUCAGUAUGCCCGGCAAAACAAGAAAAAGGUGGAUGUUUUCAUAACCAUCGUCGAUUCACUGAUCCGUGUCAAUCCUAACCGACACUCGCCGGUGGUCGCUCUGAACAGCUACAACACGGAAACGAAGAAAAAUGCGGUCUAUAUUAUUAUAAGCCUCAGUCGCCACCAGCAGGAUUUGGAUCACAUCAAUAUGACUUCCACCAAAGGAGUGCUAGAAUUGGUUGGAUGCACAGAGGAUACACCGAAGCUGAUCGACGCCUAUGUAAAGCGAUCCUUUACGUAAGCCGUCGUCGUAUCUGCUGCUUCGACGGAAAUGGAUUUUGGUUUUCAACAGUGAAAGGUAAUUUCGUUAUUGAUGGAUUGUCAGUUUCGUAGGCAGGUACUCUGUAUUGUAGUGCAACUCUAAGUUCAAUGUGAGUAAUGUGUUUAAUAUUUAAUUAUGGGGCAUAGCAGAGAUAAGUACGCAGAGCGCUACGUUAAGGAUUUCUGGAUAAAAUUUGUAUUAUUCAAAAAUUUUCAAUAAGCUUAUCAUUUGAUGGGAUCAAAAAGAGCUCAAAGAUUGGAGAACCUUGUGUUUUUGCGGUUUAUUGUUUUUUUAACCAACGUGCUGGAAAGGUUUAUGUUUUGUUCUAGAAUAAACUAAAACCUGCUAUCGGUCGGUUAUUUCACACCUACCUAUCGUAUGAGAUCGUAAAAGUGAAACUCUCAACAGUCAAACUAGUUACUCCACACAAUGGGGUUUAAAGUUUUUUUUUCCUAUUUUUAACUUUAAGGACCUUACAGUUAUUGAUUGUAAUUGUAACCAUACGCUCCGAUCAGCAAAGUGAGACUCUUCGAAUUUCUAGUAUUAAUUUUUCAUUUUCGAAAUGCAGCCAAAAUCUAAUGAAUAACACUCGAACGAUAACACUUUACUGCUGAAGGAGAUUUUUGUAUUCGUGGAAUUACAGAAGUCACAAAACAGAGGAAAAAAGAAGAAAAAAACGCAUAAUUGUGAGAUUUAAUUUAUAUUAAUGUGAUUGAAAAUCACUGCAAAAGCAAUAGUGUGAUAUUUUAGUGAAGAGAAAUUUUCACAACCCCAACCGAGCAAUCCUGAACGAAUCAAACAUUUUCACACAUCUAUUAACCGUUAAGAGAGAGUAUGUUAGUAAAUUUCACCCUCGCCCUUCACACCGUAAUUACGAAGUCUGAAUCCAAAGAAUAGAGCAACAAUCCUUGACAUUGACACUAAAAAUCGAAACGACCAUAGUUAUGACACAGGAAACAUGAUGCAUACAGCAGCAUAAGAUUACAUAGGACGGUUCAAAUUUAAUAGAAUAGAAAAUUAUCGAAACUGUUGUUAUACAUUGAGGAAACAUAGAUAGAUUCAUAUAUUUUUUUGUUAGUUCUAUCAAAUUUCCUGAUUUUUUAUUUUUGCCAGCCCGUCUCCUUCAGCUGGUGUUUGAAAGUGGGAUUUUCGAAUUAAAAUGGGGUAAGAACAUGUUCAUCUUAAUACACUUAACUUUAUUAUUACAUUUUAGACGUAGAUUAGGGUGGAAGUUUAGUAACACGUACACUCGUAAGUAUAUAUUCCUAGUUCUGUAAACAGACAUAAGUUAGCUCUUAAGUGUAACUUACACUUUUAAUACCUAAACCAAUUAUCGUUAGAGAGUGUUUAGUGGUUAGAAGAACACUUGAUGAGUAGGUAUAAAAAUAACUGAGGAGGAAAGCAAAUAUACGUCUUGGAAGGCAAAACAGUAGCACGCGGGAAGGCCAUCGAUUUACAUUACUGUGGUUGCUAGAAGGGUGAAUCGAUAGAACUAGGACCAGAGCGCGACUAGACGCAGUUUAACAAUAUAUAUUACAUUAAUUACUAAUAUGCUUAAAUCAUAGCCAGUUUGUUCAUUGCUAACUUUUAUAUGCAUGUAAAGUGAAAAGUGUUUUGGUAUAAAUGAUUGGGGUAGGCUUAUAUUUCAUGCCUACAUACUUUGUUAUCUAUUAAACUAGCCAUUUUGUACUUAAUAAUACGAUUUGCCAAUGAAAUUUGAACGGCAGCUUAUUUCAUGCAUAAAUAAAAGCGCUGUAAGCACUACAUUUAAUACCGCAUUCCAAAUAACCUUAAAGUAUUGUUAAAAGGAUUUCUAUUUCGAUUCAUUGUGCGAAACAAGAUACUCGCUUUUUUACAGCUCUGGGUGGUUGUUUAUGUAGUUUGAAAAAUUAAAAUAAGAUUUCCGUAUUUGGUCAAACAAAAAAGAUUUAUAUGCAUUCUCAAGUAACCGGUCAACUCUUGUUUUCAAAUCAAAACUCUUCAUUGUGUCAGAAUUCAGUAGCUUUACCAAAUCAUUUCAAGGGAUUAUUAUAGGCACUCAGGAAGCUAGGUUGGAAUUCGUUUCCUCUUCCGGAGCGUGAAUCUCGUUGUAUGCUCAUCAACAUCAAAACACUUAAAGAAAAGGGGAAAGAUUGCUAGCUCACGAUUAUAAACGAUAUUUCUGAGUCUCCUUAACCUCCUAGUUGUUAUUCUUGAUUGGAAAAGAGCGGAUAGAUUUCUUGCAUAUUAUCGAUCAGUUAUUCCGGUAUUUAUCUUCACCGUGAUAACACGGAUGAUGCCGCAAUUCUUCAGGUCUAUGAUGGCGCUCGAUCAUUCUUUUCUUGACUAAAUCAGUAAACCAUUUCUUAUCAACGACGGAGUUUUGAACCAUUUUCCUCAUCGUUGUAAUUCCGUAACGUUUUCACAAGUCCCUUGGUCAUAAGCGAUGGUCAAGUUGUGGAAUAACACACGAGAAGGUUAAGAAGGUAAAAAACGACAAGGCUGCCGAAAGGAUAGUAGCCCGGUUGAUCUUCUAGAAGUGGUGAGCGAGCUGGAGUGUUGCGCCAGCUCCGUGGUUCGUCCUUCGCGAUACACCUUUUUCACAUGCCUCGCCAAAAAUGAUUCUAAGCACACAACGUUCGACGACGGCCGGUGCUUGUACGUCCCCGUUGAGCUUUGUCCACGUCGAGCUUUGUGUUGUCGUGUCCGUAGAGGACUACCGGUCUUAUUAAGAAGCUCACCAGAUUAUAGGAUCUUGUGGGUUCGUAAUAAGCACGACUUCCCGCAAGAAUACGUCUGCGGAUUUCUCUGCUGCAGAUGUUAUCCGACGUCAACAAAGAACCCAAGAUAUACAAAUUGGUCUACGAGCUACGGCCUCUAAAUCGUCUUCAUUGUUUACAACACUAUUGCUUAUACGAGCUCUACGCCGUUCGGUUCCUCCAGUUAACAGAUUCUUGGUGUUUGACGUAUUCACUACCAAUUCAAUCCAAUUGUCUGCUUCAAGUUUCAACUUCACUGUUGAGCAACCGCCUGGGAAAUCCUGCCGAAGUCGUCAGCGAAGUGAAUAAUUUGACUGCAUUUAUUGAAUGCUCGCAUAUUAAAGCCCCGCACGUUUUAUAGCCCCUUUCUAGUGCGAUGUUGAACAUGAGGCAGGAAAUAUCGUCACCUUAUUGAAGUCCUUAGCGUCCUUCGAACGAGGCUUGAUAACGCACCCGAUAUCCUCAUACAGUCUUGUAAGCUCUUCCAUUUUCGUCCAUAAUUUUCCAUAGCUUUUUAUAGUUGUUAGAAUCAUACGUGACCUUAAAAUCGGCGAAAAGAUGGUGCGUAGUGACUUGGUAUUCACGACAGUUUUGGAGUAUCUGCCGCAAAACAAAGAUUUGAUCCGUUGUCAAUCACCCGUCCACAAGAUCGGCUUGAUAACUUCGCAUAAUACUGCUUGCUAAAGGCAAAAGAUGAAUUGCAGGCGAUUGAGGUCAAAAGGAAAUUUGGAAAAGUACGUUAGAGAACUUACAAUUUUGUAUCCUUAGUCAUGGCCGAUGAAGAAUUGGAUGUCGACAUGUUCAUCAGCAAAUUUCGUGUCCUUGGUGAUCAGCCAUUUUUCCGUUUUGGUCACGAACUAGAUUGUUGGACUAGAUCCUCCAUUUAAGGUUCGACCAAAAACUUUCUAUCGCUGCUGGUAAACUUUAGAAGGAUUGGCGGUCUUCGUUAUAACGUUUUUUCUUCAGCCAGUCCAUCUCCCCCAGUGAUCUCGUGGCUUAAUGGGCCGAGACCAGGCCCAGCCAAAUGACCACAUACUCCUUCGUGUAAUACCUCUUGAUGAAGGCAGCAACUUCCGACAGGCAUUUCGUACUGUAUAUCUUCCCGUUUACCGCAAGCCCCGGAGAACAGUGGCUUGGACAUUCCUUUCUUGCUGAUCCUCAGUCACAGGAUCUUUUUUGGGAACUCGGUGUGGGAGAUAUAUUUGACGCCAUCGCUUACCUCCUUGGUAGACCCCCAUAAGUACCCAGUCACCUGCCAGUCGUUUCCGUCCAGUCUCAAGUAGGUCUCGUCUUCCGUUAUAUCGACGAUUACGCGCUUUGCUAGAUUGAUGUUUUGCAACCAGAACCUUUCACCUCUUCUUCUGGGUGAAUCAAUCCCAGCUGCUUAGAUACGGGCGGCCGGAAAUAACCCCUCUACAUUAUGAUGUCUAUUUUGGCCAGGAACUUUUUUACCUUUUGGCCGGUUACUCUGACCUCCCGACCCAUAGCGCGAAAUGAUAUAUGUAGCUUGCUUUGCUUUCGGCCUUCCUUUUCAGCUUCCUCUUAGCGGAAACUAGGCUUCUAUUCGACACUAUCGACUUUCUCCAAAAGAGAGAGGAUGUUGUAGAUACCAAAUCGGCUAUAUCCGACGGGUACAAAAUGCCUCACAAUACCCAACUUCCUCGCUCUGGGGUUGAGCUGGCAGUACGAACAAAACAUCGAGCGUACUUGCUGGACUAUUUUCACCAUGGCUGGUAGAAAUGAACUGAUAACAUUGUCAAUUUUUUUCCGUACACAAAGGGUGGCUACGAUUGGUCGCAUAUGUGAAUUCAUCACCAGGCGGCAAGAUAUGCGCAUGAAAAAUCACUAAAAUCAGUCCAUUUUUAAUGAAUUUAUCAGCCGAUGUAGACAGAUAGCCAACCUAUCUGGCCCCAUCUUGACAAACUCCGCUGCGAUGCCAUCUUUGAUUGAUACCGCUUGAUGGCAUCGAUUACUUAAUUUGUAUUCUGCCUCUGCGCCAUUCAGAUGCCUUUUGUAGUGUUCAUCCGUCAAGAUUCCUCCAUUUUUAUCUCGACAUGUUUCGGAUCGCGGCACGAAGCACCGAGUUUCUUGUAGAUUUUACGUGUUUCCUGAGGGCGACUUAACUGUUCCAUUUCUACGCAACUUCUCCGAGGCGGCGCAUUUUACCCGGCAACACUGCUUUAACGAAAACAACCACACAAAAUAUGUCAAAGUGACAAUGCAAUGAUCUGUUGGUGUAACAUGGUAACAUGGUUUCCAUGGUAACCUUAUCUCUGUUAUUUCACGUGUAGUUACUCAGUGUUGACAAGUUUAUUUUACGAUCGGUAGGUAAUAUAAAUAAGAACUUUUUACUUGUUGAUUGCUGAACCAUUGUUCUUUUUCUAAUGCCACGAAGUUGAAUUCAGCAAGGCUUUUGCAUACUGCACUAACUAGCAUAUGAUUGAAGAAUCGACCUAAUAUUAAUAAAUAAGUACAUUCUUCUCAAUUGAAUACAAGUAAGUACCGAAAGCUUGUUCGCUGACCCAAUCAGGAGUACCGAAACACUUAUAAGUAAUAUCAACGUAUAUUAGCGUAUAUGUCUGUGUAUCCCUAUGACACACCAUGAAAAUAUCAAAACUAGUUGUUAAUACGUAUUAUCCAUAUAGAUUACUUUUAAUGCUAGUAUUCUUCUUCUACGAUUUCUUUACAUUAUUGACUUCGUAACGUACGCUCGGGUCGUCUCCAAGCGUACGAAAAUAAAAGAUCUUCUAUUUUGUGUACAAACUAAAAAAAGAACUUUGAAAUCAAUAACUCCUAGCGCUGUGAUUCAGAAAAACAAGAAAAAACAAUAGAAAAAGUUAAAAAUCUGCAACCAAUCUUAGAACUAUUAGUUUUUUUAAUGUAUCUUGAUUGAUGAAUUUGUUCACGAAAAAAAAACAAAAUGAAUCAUUCAGUUUUCAUUUUAAAUGUUGUAACUAUAAAACAAAAACCAAAACCAAUUUGAAUGAUAUAGAGAGGGAAGGUUUAAUUCGAUGCUCAACAGGAAAAUUAUACAAACAACAAAAAGGAUAUGCAAUUCUCCAGGCAGAACUAACUUUUCCCUUCAUUUGAAUUUGAAUAGACUGGAAACGCAAAGUGCUUCUUAUUAUCUGGAAUUAGUAGUCAAAUUGGGUUUCGAUCAUAAAGAAAAACGGAAACGAUAAGACAAAUUUACCGACUGAAAGCAGAAACCGAAAAGUCAGCAAAAGAACUGUUUAGAUUUAACCAAAUGCUGUAGUAAAAAAUGCCGAGCGAAAUAGUUGAAUUGAGUGACACAAAAUUUAAUGUUAUUGUACACUUUCCACCGAAUAUCAGUUACUGUGUCGUGGGUGCAAGCAAGCUAUACUGUUUUUGUUAGUGUGUUAUUUUGUGCGAACAAUUCGGUUUGUCAACAACUUUAUGCUAAAAAAGCGGAAACUACUUUCUUAUCCUGUCAUGUCACAUUAAAGCUAAAUUUAAAGUAGUAUUUCCUGCAUUAUUGAUUGUUUCUGCUGUUCAGUAAAGUAGCUUCAUUUCGAACAGCUGGCCAUUGCCGCAUCGGUAGACAAAUUGUCAAACUAACAUUAAUUAUCGGUUUUUUCUCUAAUAUGUUAUAAGCAGUCAUAAAUUUGGUACGGCCUGCGAGAGACACAAACUCAAAGAAUCGUGGAAACAGUCAGUGUUUGAGAUUAUAUCGAAUUUUAUUUCCUAAGGAAAACUUAUUGAACAAAACAAAACUGUCUGUUGAUAGAAAUAUUCACGAUAAUAUUUAAUACAAGAAACAAACGCUUAACUCAAAAGAGGCAAUCUUAGUUACUUAUUUGUAAUAAAAUAUAGUCAAAGGGAGACAAACCGUGAUACGAAGAAAUAUCGUCAUAAAUUUGGGAUUAUUGCUGUUCUGCAAAAUCGUUCGUCCUGUCAGGUUUAAAGAUGCGUUUAUUGUUGCGAAAAAACAAAAAAGUGUUAAAAAAUGUUAACGAACAAGCCUUUUUCAAUUCGAAUCACCAGAAGAUGUUCAUUUCUAUAUUAAACCAAACCGAAGCCAGUGGAGUGUUUGACAAAAUAUAUCCGGACGAACGAUUAUCCAGAACGAUUGCCAUCCUCAAUUAGUGUUAAAUUCUCUCAAUUCAAAACGGGUAUUAAUAUGUACGCAAACACAAAAGAAAAACAACAUCGACUGUUUCGCUUUUUCCGAUUUGUACACUCUCUCGCACCGGCCACCAGAAGGAACCCACUAAACGCUAGCCAAUCGACUUUUUCUGCUGGAAAUAGAUAAUAAUUUUAAACUCAACACAACAUUUAAUCGGACGUAGAAAUUAUAGAAAUUUAAGAAAACAAUAUACCAGAAAAGCAAAAUAUAUUUACAUGAAAAAUCUUUUAACUGAAUUCGAAAUUGUAAAACAUCUGAGCAAACGUGAAUCGCUCAAUUUUGUUUGUUCUAGUAUGAUGAUUGAAAGUCACGCAAUCUAAAAACUGGGAUGCCUCAAGCAAAGGUAUUUUUCUUAUAACCAGAAAACGCUUUUAGACUAAAUAGAAUAAAUUUCACAUACGAACACACACACAGAAAGAAAUCUAUCAAACACAAAAAGAAGGAAAAAACAAUAAUAACUAAAUCGAUCGAUCGUCUGUCAAAAAUGAAUGAUUCAAGUGAUGUAAUUAUCAUUAUUUUUAUACUUCGUUUUUCGACACACCAAAUUCGUGAAAAAAAGUGCAUCUAUUUUUGCUACGAGCGAAACUUACGAGAAAUAAACACUGCUGUUUCGAUAUACUAAAAUAGUCAGAUAAAUUGAAAAAUAUUACCGAAUAAAAAUAAAUACGGAAAAAAUAGUUCUUAAUUCAAACCAAGCGAUUGUGAUCUGAAAUUCCAACAUAUAUUUACACAAAAAUAAUAAAUUUCGCAAAACACAAUAAAAAGGGGCGAAAUAACAAAAAAACGCAAGCAAAACACAUUGAUUAAAUUACUAAACGUAAACGUAUUAGGCUUAGUUUAUCUUUAUUUUCUCGUUGAGAUUCAAUUUUAGUUUUGUAAAUGAAAAGGAUGCAAUGUUUAUUGUUUCCCAUCAUUCUUUUUAUCAUGUUCAUUGAACUAAACCUAUAAAUUAAUUAAUUUACCUAACCUAGACUAAAUGCCAAGUCAGAGAGAAAAAAAGAAGUUCUUAUGAAAUCAAAGCAGAAAAUGUAAAACACACACGAAACAAUACAGUUUUUAAGAGUCAUUUGUUGAUCUUUUUUUUUAAACCUACAUUUGUUAAGCCAACUGGUUGAAUCCUAUAUUAUACAGCGAAGAAAAAUUAUAUGGAUCACAAAUGAUAAUAAUGCCAUUUCGAGCUGGACGUUCCAAAGACAAACUUUCAAACAUAGGCAGGCCUGUUGUAUUUGGGACCCAAAAACCAAUAAUAAAUUCGAACACUUUUGAAGUUUCACACUCAGUUUAACUCAAA